AUGUGUAAAAAUAUUGCAUAUAUAACCCCGAAUUUCCACACCACUCCCUUUCAUUUUGUCUACUCUCACCUUCUUGGAGUCUUUCCGGAAACAUCUAUAACCCCGAAUUUCCACACCUAGUCCCUUUCAUUUCGAAAAGUAAUGUUUUUAAUUAUUAUCUUUCAUUGUUAAGUUCAUAAAAUACAAACCGUCCAACAUUUUUAACUCUCACCUUCAUGAAAAGAACAUAUCACCCGGCCCUCUUCUAUUUUUCAUAUGUUUUUCCUCAUAUAUUCAUUAUUUUCUGAUUUUGAACACCAGAUUGAAAUAUCUUCUCCUUUCAUACAUCCUCAUGUUGUCGUUACCUUCAACUUCUUCCUCCAUUUCUAGAAAAAAAUACGAUGUUUUCUUGAGUUUCAGAGGUGAAGAUACCCGCAGCAACUUUACCGAUCAUCUCUAUGAUGCUCUAAGUAGGAGUGGGAUCGUCACUUUCAGAGAUGAUCCAAAGCUGGAGGCCGGCGAAGAGAUCGCACCUGAACUCUUUAAAGCAAUUCAGCAAUCAUGGUGCUCGGUAAUCGUUUUUUCACAAACUUAUGCCUUUUCAAGUUGGUGCUUGGAGGAGCUUGCUGAGAUUGUUAAACAACAUAACAACGACGGCCAUAAAGUGUUUCCAAUUUUUUACCAUGUUGGUCCAUCUGAUUUAAGAAAACAAAAAGAGAAAGUGGAAGAAGCCUUUGCCAGACAUAAAGAGAGAUACAAAGAAGAUAGUGAGAAGAUCCAAAGAUGGCGAAAUGCUUUAAUUCAAGUGGCUGGAAUCAAGGGAUGGCAUUUAAAUAAAAGGCAUGAAUCAGAAUUUAUUAAAGACAUUGUCAAGAAGAUAUCAGCAAAACUAUGUCAGACAUAUCCAGCUACUCAUAGCGACUUGGUUGGAAUUAGUGAACGCUUGGAGGAUUUAUAUUUGAAAAUAAACAUUGGGGAAGAUGAUGUCCGCGUUAUAGGAAUUUGCGGAAUGGGUGGCAUCGGUAAAACGACACUCGCAAGAGUUGCUUACACUCAAAUGUCACCUCAUUUUGAAGGUAAAAGCUUUAUUUCUGAUAUUCGAGAAGUUUCAGACAAAUGCGGGCUAGUUUCUUUACAGAAACAACUUCUUUCACAGAUCUUUCAUGGUGAAUGCUUCAACUUUUUCGAUGUUCAUGAAGGGAGUGACAUAAUUAGCCAUAGGUUGUCUCACAAAAAGGUUCUUGUUGUUCUUGAUAAUGUUGAUAACAUACAACACUUAAAAUGCUUGGUAGGAAGGCACGAUUGGUUCGGAUUAGGAAGUAGAAUCGUUGUAACAACAAGAGAAGAACAUUUGCUUCGGUCUUGGCCAGUUGAUGAUAUGUAUGAGCCCACAACAUUGAAUCCCAAAGAUGCGCUUCAACUUUUCAGUCUGAAAGCUUUUCAUAGUGAUACAGUGCAGAAAGAUGAUUUCAUUGAGCUUUCUAAACAUGUUGUAAAUUAUGCUGGUGGACUCCCUUUAGCUCUUGAAGUUUUGGGUUCCUUUUUGUGCGGUAGAGAUGCGACUCAAUGGAGAAGUGCGAUUGAAAGACUUAAAAGAGAUUCUAAUAAAGAAAUUCUCGAUAAACUUCGAAUCAGUUUUGAUGGACUGGAAGAAAGGGAGAAGAAUAUAUUUUUAGAUAUAGCAUGCUUCUUCAACGGGGAGAAGAAAGAUUUUGUAAUUAAAGUAUUGGAUGGUUGCGAGUUUUUUCCUGAUAUCGGAAUUGAUGUUCUCAUUAAAAAAUCUCUCGUAAAAGUUAAUAAACACAACAAAUAUUUGAAUAUGCAUGAAUUGUUGCAAGAAAUGGGAAGAACAAUUGUUAAAGAAAAAUGUGUUGAUGAACCUGGAAAACGUUGCAGAUUGUGGGAGGAAAGGGACGUCCAUCAUGUCCUAACAAAAAACACUGCUACAGAAAUGAUUGAAGGUAUAAUUAUCGAUAAUAAAAGGAAAUCGAACAAGAUGCUCAAUUUGAGUGUGGAUACCUUCUUGAAGAUGAAAAAACUGAGAUUGCUCAAAGUGCUUUGCCUUUCAAAUUGUAAUGAUCUCAAAUAUCUUUCUAAAGAACUACGACUUUUAGAUUGGAUAGGAUACCCUUUAAGAUACUUGCCUUCAAGCUUUCAACCGGACAACCUUGUCGCACUUCUUUUACCAUGUAGUCACAUUCAACAACUAUGGAAGGGAAAUAGAAGGGUCUCAAAACCUGAUCAAGACACCAGACUUCACAACAGCAUCAAAUCUUGAAGUUUUGAUUUUGGAAGGUUGUACCAAAUUAGUGGAUGUUCAUCCAUCAAUCGGGGUGCUUAAGAGCCUUAAACUUUUGAAUUUAAGAGAUUGCAGAAGUCUUAGGACUCUUCCAACCAAAAUUGGAAUGGAAUCUCUAGAAAC